AGUUCAUGUAGUGCAACAGUUAAUGUCUUAGAAUUACCAAUGUAUGUUGGCAAAAAAGAUUCUCAAAAGACAUCGUUUUCGGCGUUACCAGUGGCACCACAAGCUCUAACCCCAUUGAAAAAAUCAGCCUUAUCAGAAAACUAUGCGACAAAACUAUCCCAGAACGAAAAAAAAAUUAUAGAAAAAUUAGUAUCUACUGGCACAACAACACUUAACAUUGGCUACAACAAUAUAUCAUCAGAAGGGGCAAAAGCAAUUGCAGAAGCCUUGAAAACAAACCAAACAUUAACAACUCUUUAUAUGUACGACAACAAGAUAUCAGAUGGAGGUGCAAAAGCAAUUGCAGAGGCCUUGAAAACAAACCAAACAUUAACAACUCUUGACAUUCGUUCUAACAAUAUAUCAGAUGAAGGGGCAAAAGCAAUUGCAGAAGCCUUGAAAAAGAAUAAAGUGUGUGGGGUGAACUACUGA